UUUAGUAUGAGAUCUUUGGAGGGAAAAACGUUAGUAAGGCAGUACGUACGUUCUGCAAUCCCUGGAUUUCGGUGGACUCAUGAGCUUCAUCAAUCUUUCUUACGUGCCAUUGAAUGCCUUGGAGGUGAACAUGAGGCUACUCCGAAGCUUAUUGUGGGGCUAAUGGGAGUAAAUGGGCUCACAGUUUCUCAAGUUAAAAGCCAUCUUCAGAUGCAUCGGAAUAACAAAAAACAUGAAAAAUCCCAGGAGGUCAAAUCUCGAAACUCCCAUCUACAGAGAUUUGAGGAUAGAAGAGAAAGAUUUAGACUCAAAUACAGCAAUUCUCCAUUUUCAAGCCUUAGCAAGAAGUCACACAAGUACAUCUCUCUGUACUCACACAAAAGAUUAAGGGCCUCUGAAGCUCCAUCUUCUCUGGCAGAUGAAAAAGAUCCACAAAGAGUACUCACUUCAAGCGAGCAAAAUAGAACAUUUGGAAGCUACGUCCAUUGCAGUAACAGUAUCAGUGCUCUAUUGACUUCAACUCAUCAAUAUGCUUAUCAAGAUGCUCAUGACAUAAUAUGGAACAUAAAAUUAUCUCAAGCAUGGCCUGAAAAUGAAAAAUACUACAAGAAUCUCGACCUGGAUUCAAUGCCCAGAUCAAAAUACUCAAAAGAUGGAGAAGGAGAAGCGAGCCAUUCUGAACUGCAACUGCAAUUAGACCACAAGUUAUGGUACCACCAUGGGGAAUUUGCUUCAAGCAUAGCCUGCAGAGGCCACAACAAACAGGAAAGUAAAGAUUCAGAAGCAGCAAUGGUUUUAAAUAGUAUUCAGCUUGCUAAUUCGAUUGCUUGGAGAGAUGACUCAAAAGGCCAAGAUGUUGAUAAUGUAAAAUUAAACCAAAAGCCAUUACUUUUAGAAGAUGACAUCCAACUAGAAUUAUCAUUAUCAAUACCUUAACAUUAGGAUAAUCACAGAUCCAGAGAUUGUUGA